CAGAAAUCAAGUUUAAGCAGUAGGCCCAAUAAAGCUUUUAUCUCUAGCCCAAUAUCAAUUUCUAAGAGCAAAUCGCCGGUUUCAUAGACCUCCGCAUCAAACCCCAAUCCCGAAUACCCAAAUGCUUAACUGAGUCAACUCGACUGCCUCAUAUCCCAAACUGCUUUCGAUAUCGUUUGAAGUUUAUUUCUAAAAAGCCCAAAGACGCUAGUUUUGCCAAUGGCACCAUCACGUAACAUGAUUGUAGCCACGGGCCUGGUUGUUUUCGCAUCUGCAGGCUUAGCUUUCCCCUUUUACAUGGCAUCGUCAAAGAAACCGGUGAUUGAUUCAACCAAACCGCUACCUCCCCAAGCAACUUUUAGAGGACCUUACAUUAACACCGGUUCUCGCGAUGUUGGGCCUGACCAUCGAACUUACCCUAAGAAAUAAUAUCACCAUCGAGUCAGAACCCACACAAACUGUAAACAUGAGCUGUCCCGUUGGUUAUAUCUCUUUAGUAGGAGUUUGUGAUACAGUCCAUUAUGUUUCAUUCAUGUAACGCUGAUGAAUACAACCUGUCCAAUCUAUCCAUUGAAAUGGUUAUGAUUAAUAGCUUGAGAAUUUGAUUUUUAUUUUGUUAUAAUGUCAUAAGAAUGCAAUAAGAAUCAGGUUUACCA